AUGCUGCAGUGUAGACCGGCUCAGGAGUUCAGCUUCGGGCCCCGGGCCCUGAAGGAUGCACUGAUCUCCAGUGACGAGGCCCUGCGGCAGCGCUACGCCUUGGCCUUCUCCCCAGCCGAGAGGCUCUUCCUAGCGGAGGCCUACAACCCCCGGAGGACGCUCUUCCGCCCGCUGCUUAUCCACUCUGCCUUCGACUGGCUCCUGAGCCGCCCUGAAGCCCCAGAGGACUUCCACACCUUCCAUGCCUCCCUGCAGCUCCGCAAGCCAGGCCUGGCCCGGAAGCACAUUUACCUGCAGCCAAUAGAUCUGAGCGAGGGGCUGGGCCGCCCCCUGCUGGAGCAGCUGCAGAGCUGCGCGGAGGCUUUCUUCCUGGGCCUUCGGGUCACCUGCCUGCCCUCUGUGGCCGCCGACACCAUCCACUGCUCCUCGCGGCCCAGCCAGGACACCGACAGGCUCCAGCUCCACACAGAUGGCCUCCUGUCUUUUCUGAAGAGCACCAAGCCAGAGGACGCACUGUGCGUGCUGGGCCUCACGCUGGCCGACCUGUACCCGCACGACACCUGGGCCUUCACCUUCGGCAAGUUCCUGCCGGGCCAAGAAGUGGGUGUCUGCAGCUUUGCCAGGUUCUCUGAGCUCCCAGGGCCCAGCACCCCUGAGCCUACCCUAGGCCAGGGGGCAGCAGAUGGCCCCGCGGCCUCUCCGCAGGACAGCAGCGGGACCUUGGGCGUGGUGCAGUGCUGCAAGGUUGCUUGUCAUGAGCUCUGCCAUCUCCUGGGUCUGGGCAGCUGCCGCUGGCUGCACUGCCUCAUGCAGGGGGCGCUCAGCCUGAACGAGGCGCUGCGGCGGCCCCCCGACCUCUGCCCCAUCUGUCUGCGGAAGCUGCAGCACAUCCUGGGCUUCAGGCUGGUGGACAGGUACAAGCGGCUGCACACCUGGACCCAGGCAGCAGCAGGGCCAUGGCCUGGCCCAGAGGCCGGGGACCAGUCCGCGUCAGAGGACACACUGCCCUUCAGCACCGACUCGGGCCUGUGCUGCGACAGUGACUCGGAGCCCGUUACCAGCCUGUCAGAGCCCCUGACUCCCGAUGUGUGGGGUCACGCCUUCCCCGAGGUGCCCGAGGAUGGGCUGAGCUCCUUGGCGACCUCGGAGGCAGUGCCAAGGCCGAGGGGCCUCGAGGAGGACCUGGAGGAGCACGGGCGCUGGCUGGCCGCGUGCAUCCAGGCCCUGGAGCGGGAGGCCACGGAGGAUGACCUGGCACAGGUGGAUAGGGCCGUGGACGCCAUGGAACGCUGGGAGUUGUUCACAGGUCAGCUCCCAGCCACCAGGCAGGACCUGCCCUGUGGCAGGGACAGCCCAGGGCUGCGCAAGGUCCUGGGGGACAAGCUGUCCUCCCUGAGGAGGCGUCUGAGCACGCGCAGAGUCCCCAAGGCAGGGUCUUCCCCCCGGGGCUGGGAGGAAACAGAGAAUUAGGGCCAUGGGGACCGCCCCACAGACAACUUUGCCUCCAGGUGCCCGGCAAGGCUAAAAGAAGGGACCCCAAAAGUGGAGGAAGGGUUCCUGAGGUCCUGUGCUUCCUUGCUUGUUCCAAAGCACAGCUGGAUUCAAGACACAGCGGGGGUGGCAGCCUUGGGCCCGUGGGCCCUCCUGUUAUUUACAGCUGGAGUCUGGGAGCCUGUCCACAUUUGGCUCUGUGAUGUCCAAGCUGGACACAGGGCCCUCGCUGGCGAAGGCAUGAGGUUUGUUCCUGCUGACUUCAGCCACUUGGUGUGACUGGUGUUCUGAUCUGAACAUUGCAUGGGGGACCUUCACAGACUCCACAUUUCUUUUGUGCGGAUACUAAGGCUUCAACUCAGGGCUUUAUGCUCUUGUUCAGCUUU